CGUGUGUGCACGUCCCGCAUGCUGAUGCGGUCAGGGAUAGUGAAGUCUGGCCCCACACCUGCGGAGCAAGCAGAAAUAGACCGCAGGCUGGCAGAAAAGAAAAAGGAAAAGGAAGCCAAGAAAAAAUAGAAAGAAGAAGAAGUCAAGAAAAAGAUGAAAGAGAAGAUGGACAGAGAGUUGGAAGAAGAGUUGAAGAGUAUAGAAGAAGAAGAAGAAGAAGAAGAAGAAGAAGAACAGGAAGAAGGAGAAGUUUUUGAAAGACGUCGUCGCCAAGACAUACCUGAAAGCAGCACAACGACCCGCCUUCCCGUUGAACCGCUGGACUGGGGCAGCCGGUACUACUACUCCAGCGAGCCGUUAAAAGAAUCUGAUGAAGAACGGGAUACGUUCAUCGCCAAGUUGGCCACUAUUAAAGACACUGUUGAACGAAACCUGAUGUUGGAGGAGAAACGGGCUAAGCUAAAUCGCAGGUUGUUGGCCGCUAGACGGCAAGAGGUGGAAGACAAGAAAAGAUUGCAGGCAGAAGGGGAUAAAUUGCAGAAAGCUCUAGAAGCGCAAAAGGAAAACCCCUCUGCAACUGAAGCACAACUUGCACUCCUCAGGGAGGCCGUCCUCCACACGAGGCAAGACAUGGACUUAAUGCGGCAGACCUUGCAACGUGUAGAAACACAUAGGGUUGAAUUUGAGAAUGUCUGGAAUAACUUCGUAGAAAAGUCAGCAAAGGACGUUGACCAACAUGUGCAAACUUACAUCCAGGCUUUUGACGAACAUAUUAAUAAAGUCUUCACACCGGAGGUCGUAGAGAAGAUUGUAAAGGGCGCUGGAGGCGACAUAGGAGAUGGGGAUGGCGACGACGAUGAUGAUAAGAAAGGAAAGAGGAAGAUUGGGGAUCCAAAGGAAAAACUUCCUCAGGAGACCGGGCAAGUUAACAAGAUAAAGCUUAAGCUGUCGUGGACCUACAAUGGAAAGAAAGAAGAAAGUGUGUUGCACUGGGCGGCGACAAUUGAAACUUAUGUGUAUGGACAGCGAAUUCCAUCGGAGGUGAGAUCGGUUGACAAAAGUGAGGAGAUGAAGGCCUGGGUCACGACAACUCUUGGUGAUUCACUAAAAGCAAUCACGCAGAAGUUGGAUCAAGUUGACUCUAAAUCGAAGUUGGCUAAUUCUGAGAAAAAGGAGCUUGAGAGACUGAGAGCUGAAAAAGCCCUUUUUGAGAAAGGAAAGAGAGAUUCCAGCAGUGAGAAAAGGAAGACGGGAGGUGAUAGGACCCCGACCGUUGAGACUCCGAAGGAGAACGUUGGGAAGUCGAGGGCGCGCGGGCAGACGAAGAGCCGGACUAAGAGAAUCGAAAUCUCCUCCGACGAGGAGGCAGCGGGGGUCGAUGGUGUGAAGCAGAACCUCAGUGUGAAAAUGGAAGGGAGCUCGGACCUCGCCGAUGUAAAGAAACUGCUCGCAGCGCUGGUUGACGGCCUGGCGGAUCCGAAAGGGAAGAGACCCCUUGGGCCGGCAGUGCAGCCAGCAGGGGCCAAUAGUACGGUAGAUGAUGCCGACGAGGGAGAGGAUGUGGACGUGGCAGUACAGGGGAACGUGACGCAGAAUAGCCUGGAGCCGGAUCUGCUAAGAAUUCUGAAAGCACUAUCUAAGAUGAAGGUGAAAGGGAAUGUGCUUCUGAAAGGGAUUCCAAUGGGUGGGAGGGCCAGCCCCCCAUUAGCCUGUCUGAUGUGCAUGUUAGCCGAGUAUCAGUUCCUGCAGGCACUGGGCUUGGACAGCAAAUUCAUCACCGGAUACAUUGACGAUUUGUUGAUUGUGUCCUUCGUCCGAGUGAGCGACCCGGGGGGGUGUGAGAAGGCUAACAAACGCCUUGAUCUGAUCACAAGUUGUUAUCCGGCUGGACUGAUACUGGAACGAACCGACCCUGGGAAUGGGGACCUGGAUUUUCUGGAGACACGGCUGCUGACCCGGGGGGAACCUGCUUGUCUGCUGAUGUCCCACAAAUUUAAGAACGCAGGCACAAUCUGGGAUGAUGGUCCGUUGAAGUUUCGAACCUUCAAGGACUUCUCAUCUUUCGGGCCCCGGAUGUCGAAAUUCGCCACGGUGGCCAACACAGUCCUACGCAUUCGUAAUAACUCCAAUAAUGGGGGCAUAACUUUCCUGAAUGUUCUCAGUCUCACGGAAGAAUUACGAAAGCAGGCUUACCCUGGCAAAGUGAUUACGGCCGGGCUACGGCAGGAAGAAAAGUCAAAACCCCCUUUGCUGGUCAUGAAGGGUGCACCAGAGCGAGUGCUUGAGAAAUGCACUAAGAUGAUGGUAGCUGGAAAGCCUCAGGCACUCAAUGAAGAACUGAGAUAUGGUUUUACGAGUGCAUGCGAUACUCUGGGCAGUCAUGGGGAGCGCGUUCUUGGGUUUGCCCUCAGUGAGCUCACUGGAUUUGCAGAAGAUUUUGAGCUCGCUGCAAUCGAGGCUGAGGAACAACGCCAGCUGGCAGUCAAGGCUGCCCAGCUACAGGCUGAUGAAGCGGCAACAGCAGAGAAGCUGCGGCUACAGGCCGAAGCAGAUGCAGAUGCCCAGGCUCGACGCAAGGAAGCCCAGGCUCUGCUGCAGCAUGAAACCAACAGCAUCGAGAAACUCAAGUACUGGCACUUUGAACCGAACGGCGAUGAGCCAACACCGGAAGAACAACAUAAGGAGCUCAUGGCCAAGCUCGUGAGCAGGUUGGUUUACACAUGUAACCACCUACACUCCGAGCUGGCAAACCUCCAGUGGGCCGUGCGGAAUCACAAGACUCGGCACGAGGAUGCCACACGGGCACUGGACGCCCGUGUACUGGGCCUGGAACAGGCUGUACCAGGACCAGAUGCUGGAGCUUCCAGCAGUGCAUCCUCUAGCCUCCAACUGGAGGAACGCGUUGACCACGUAGUGGCAAUGCUAGGAGACAUAAGUGCCUUCACAGAGCCGGCCACCAUCAGCCAGCGGUUCGAGUUGCUGGACACUAAGAUCAGUCAGCAACAGCAGACUGACCACAGCCACAACAACAGCUCGGCGAGGCCAUACAAGAUGCCGACGUUCCGGAUCGAGAAAUUUGAUGACUACACACAUCAAGACCCGGUCGUCUGGUGGCAAGGAUUUACAACGGAGUUGGGGAUUCACGAGGUCCCUGACCAUCUGUUCAUCAGUGCUCUGUUCAUCAACACCAAGGGAGGAUGUCAGAUCUGGCUCAGCCACAUGGCAACCAUCCACGGCGUCCAGGUUUCAGACCUGUACAAGAAGGUCUCCUGGGACGAUAUGACAAAGGAACGGAAGAAGCGGUCAUGCGCCGCUCUCAGCCUCGCACUUGGUGAUCGCGAGCAGUACAUCACUUUCGCAGAGAUUAUCAACAAGGCAAGGGAGAUCAUCAAGACUAACAGGGCAGCUGCACACGAGAAGUCAACGUGGCAGCCAACCUAUGUGGAGAAGGUAAGAACUGGUCCGCGACAGCAGCAGUUCGCUGCAGUCCAGUCGGACAGUGUAGAUAACCCAGCAGCCACUCCAGCAUCAAGUGACGGAGAUCAGGUGGCUGUUGUCCAGCCGCGAAGCAAUAACAAGUCCCGCAACAAUGGGAAGGCGAAAUCUGCAUCGCAGGCCGGAAAUGGACAGCCAGUACGAGUUCCAUCAACCGAAGUUCGGCUUGACCGAGGCGGAGUACAAGGUCCGCGGCCGCUACGGCAGCUGCUAUUGGUGCAACAGCACCAAGCACAAGACCUCCCUGUGCUAGGAUCAGGGCAAGGAGGAUGUGCGACCCCGCCUCAGCUCGGGAAACUGAGCUCCGCGGAAGGUGAGGCGAGUCCACCUUCUACUUCGCCAAAUUCGGUCGCCUUGCUAGCGGCCUCCUGCACAUCUGGGGAGAACGCGAAUGUCGCAAGUCCUCGGUACACUUACGAGGAUUAUGUUGUCCACUUGUUUCCACCGCUGAACCAACCGCUCCACGUGCAACAAUCCAUCGCAUGCAUGGUUUCAUCACCAUCGACAACCGAUUCGGCACCUUCGCCGCAAUCUAUCGCCGGGGAUUCGACGUCAUGGUCAAGACUUGAAGAGCUCGACCCAUUGACGUUCACGGACUUCCAGUGGAUGCCCGUUCCCUCGACCGGACGAUUGUCGAAACCGCAUUGCAACGUGCUUAUGGCACAAUUGCGGGAUUACUUGCACAUUGCAGUACCAGCUCCGUUGAUGGACGCCGGAGUAGAGGUUGUCGACCUUCACGCUUACAUUGCAAAGAUCGACCGCGAGUUCAAGACGCAACGGUACAACGACAUCGACGCACCAUUGCUAUAUGUACACAUUCAGAUCGGAGAGGCGACCUGCAACACCUUGAUCGAUUGCGGAGCAUCUCGCAACUACAUCAGCCAGGACUUCAUGGUACGCGCCGGCCUUGGCCCACGUGUCCGGAGGAAGUCCCAGCCUACGCAAGUCACUCUGGCAGACGGUCAUACGCACAAGUCCAUCGACCGGUGCAUUGACGCCAUCCCAGUGUACUUCGCUCCUCACGCAAGUGAGGCGGUGUCCUUUGACAUUCUGGACACCAAAUUUGACAUGAUCUUGGGCAUGUCAUGGCUGCGAAGCGAGGACCACCCGGUGAACUUCUUCCACCGCACCGUUCACAUCCGUGAUCGUAACGGAGUACUAGUUCCAUGCACGGUGCCUUUUCCUCAUCCUUCGAUCAACUGCCACGUGGUAUCCGCCGCAAGCAUGCGAGCUUCCAUUAUCAGAGACGACAGCAAGGAGAUGGGGGUGUGUUUUCUCCACGCCCUCCCGCCCCAUGACGCUUCAUCGACGGACUCACCUUCGGAUCCACGCAUCACCGAGCUUCUUGACGCCUACAGCGACGUGUUCGAAGGCCCGCGCGGAGUAGUACCGGAUCGACCCAUCCGCCAUGAGAUCAUCCUCGAGGACGGGGCCGUACCUCUGCGCGGUUGCAUCUACGGAAUGAGCGAGGAAGAGUUAAGUGUGCUUCGGGCACAACUCGACGACCUUCUAGAGAAAGGCUGGAUUCGGCCUAGCUCAUCGCCAUAUGGUGCUCCUGUUCUCUUCGACCGGAAGAAGAACAAGGACCUGUGGUUGUGCAUCGAUUAUCGCAAGCUCAACGCGCAGACGAUUAGGAACGCCGGCCCUCUCCCACGCAUCGACGACCUUCUCGAGCGAUUGGGCGGCGCCCAGUUCUUCUCUAAACUGGAUCUCAAGUUAGGGUACCACCAACUCGAGAUUCGCAAGGAGGAUCGCUACAAGACCACGUUCAAGACACGGUAUGGGCAUUUCGAAUGGUUGGUCAUGCCGUUUGGCCUUACGAAUGCCCCAACCACUUUCCAAGCGGCUAUGACAACGGAGUUCCGACACAUGCUGGAUCGGUUUGUACUCAUCUACCUCGACGACAUCUUGGUGUAUAGUCGGAGUUUGGACGAGCAUGUGGAACACCUGCACACCCAGGAGCUGGAGUACUUGGGACACUAUGUGACGCCGCAAGGCAUCCGUCCGCUUGCGGACAAGAUCGAGGCCCUACGAGUAUGGCCCGAGCCCACCAACACCACGGACGUUCGUUCAUUCAUGGGGUUGGCGGGCUACUAUCAGCGAUUCAUCACCGGAUACUCCAGGAUUGAUGCACCUAUGACGAGGUUACARUCGCCAAAGGUGCCAUUCGUAUUCGAUGACGACGCACGCCGGUCAUUCCAAGCACUUAAGACGGCUAUGCUCAUGGCACCCGKCCUUAGCAUCUAUGACCCCACCCUGCCGACGCGAGUGACUACGGACGCUUCCGGCUAUGGCAUUGGGGCAGUCUUGGAACAGCACGACGGCGACGACUGGCACCCUAUGGAGUAUUUCAGCCACAAAGUGCCUCCCAUCAACUCGCUUGAUGAUGCAAGGAAGGAGCUGCUCGCAUUCGUGAUGGCUCUCAAGCGUUGGCGGCACUUCCUCCUUGGGCGUCGUCGGUUCACAUGGGUCAUAGACAACAAUCCAUCGACCUACUACAAGACGCAGGACACGGUGAGCAGCACAAUCGGACGAUGGAUGUACUUCAUCGACCAAUUUGACUUCACACCGAAACAUGUCCCCGGCCUCUCCAAUCGCGUGGCAGAUGCACUUCCGCAAAGACCUGAUCUUUGCGCUAUGACACAUCAUGCCUUCGCAUUCGACGAGGAGCUUCAGCGACACUUCAUCCGGGCAUAUCAGUCUGAUCCGGACUUCAGCACGCUGUAUGCACAGCUAUCUUCGGAUCACCCGCCGGCCAGCCAUUWCCGCAUUGCUGACGGGUACUUGCUCCUCCACUCGAGAGGCAAGGACUUACUAUGUGUCCCACGCGACCGUCGUCUUCGGACUCGCCUCCUCGGCGAGUAUCAUGAUUCACGACUCGCCGGCCAUUUCGGAGUCAACCGCACUAUUGCACGACUUCGACAGCGAUUCCGAUGGCCUGACCUCAUUACCGAUGUCACUCGGUAUUGCGACUCUUGCGAAGUUCGCCGACGCAGCAAGCCCCGCAACCGCAAUCCCUACGGCGAGUUACACCCGAUGCCUAUCCCACGGGAACCCGGUCUCUCCAUUGCCAUGGACGUCACCGGUCCGUUUCCUCGCGACCGGCUCGGGCACGAAGACAUCCUCACGGUUGUGGACCGAUUGAGUAAGUACGCGCGUUUUCUCCCUUGCAAGUACUACUCCAUGGCUCCCGAGCUAGCACGCCUCUUGCACACUGGUUGGAUUUGUGGCCACAGUGUACCAGAAGACAUUGUCAGCGACCGCGACACUCGUUUCAUGUCGGCGUUUUGGACUGCUCUCAUGCAGGAGUCCGGCACAACAAUGAAACCAAGUUCGGCCCGGCAUCCUCAGACAGACGGGCAGACGGAGCGGGCACAUCAAACCGCUCAAAUAAUGCUUCGUACGCUCAUCCGUCCGGACCAGAAAGAUUGGGUUGACCGCCUCCCCGACAUCGAGUUCGCCUACAACACUUCGGUGCACCCGGCGAUCGGCGUGACUCCAUUCGAGUUGCACCACGGUGGACGGAAAGGCCGUAUCCUCGCCGACCUUCUCCUCCCUCGCCCAGCCGACAUUGACGCUGCCUGCUCUCCUGCUUCCGUCCGGAAGUACAGGGAAUUGCUGACUCAAGCCCGCGCAAAUAUGCAAAAGGCUCAAGUCCGCAUGCAGCAGCAAGCCAACAGGCGUCGCGUACCAUGUCCCAUCCGCGCAGGUGAUCUGGUUUGGGUCUCCGCGGAAGAGUUUGCACUGGAACAGGAUGUUUCACGCAAACUGCUCCCCAAGUGGUUUGGACCUUGGUCUGUGACAGCAGCCGAGGGCGAUGAGCCCGAUGGCCCUUCAUUUGUGAUCAACAUUCCAGAGCAUCUGACGGUCCAUCCGGUCUUCCACGCCUCGAAGCUGGCAACAUACACGCCAGCCAAGAGCGACGACUUUCCGGACCGACGAUCGCAGGACCCUCCUUCUAUGGCUGGUCAUCAGGAAGUUGACCGCGUUAUCACCGAUCGCAAGUACGGCAGCAAGCCGCGGCAGUACAAAGUCACAUUCAAAGCAUGCGAUCGCGACGACACUCGGUGGAUUUCAGGCGCAGAUUUGAAAGCAUCCGCACCGCUGAUCUACACGCAUUAUGAAAGGCGGAGACGAGGAGGGGGGAUAGGAGGAGGACACAGCACGAGCAGGAGGACGACAAGGACAUGGCAGAAGAGGGGCAGGAGGGAGAACGUAGUAGAGGAGGAAGAGAUGGCCGAGGAGGAUGGGGAUGGGGGAGCAGGACAGAGAGGAGGUGGCAGAGAACGGGGAGGAGGAAGAGGAGGUGGCGGGCAGAGAUGGGCACCGGGUACCCAGAGCCGCACCCACCUGUCCCACCCGACCGACAAGUUCUCGGCGAAGACGGAGCCAAAUUUUCCAUGCAAUGAUUUGACGUUUGUCGGGCUCAUCUCAUUGAUUGAUCCGCCAAGGGAAGGCGUGGCAGAGGCGGUCUACCUGUGCAAGCGGGCACAGAUCAGAGUGUUUAUGGUCACAGGCGAUCACCCCAUAACUGCGAAAGCCAUUGCAAAAAAGGUUGGAAUUCUGGAGCAGGACAAGCUUGAUGAUGGCAAUGCUGCGCUAAUCACCGGGGAGGAUAUCCGGUCAUGGCUAGACUUGAAUGAAGAGGCUCAAAGAGAGAAAUGGGAUGAGGCACUUGCCCAUCAGCAGAUCGUCUGGGCACGUGUGUCGCCGGCACACAAGCUUUUGAUUGUCGAAAAUUGUCAGCGACAGGGGGAGAUUGUUGCUGUUACAGGAGAUGGUGUGAACGAUGCUCCUGCGCUGAAGAAGGCAGAUAUCGGAAUCGCGAUGGGGAUCACAGGGAGGGAUGUCUCAAAAGAGGCAGCCGAUAUGAUCCUGAUGGAUGAUAAUUUUGCAUCUAUCGUUGGUGGUGUUGAAGAGGGGCGGUUGAUUUUCGACAACCUGAAGAAGACCAUCUGCUACGCUCUCUCUGUCAAUAUCCCAGAGCUUGUCCCUUUCCUUCUUAAUGUGCUGAUUGGUCUUCCGUUGCCGCUCUCCACAGUGUUGAUGCUCACCAUCUGCCUGGGAACAGAUAUGAUACCUGCAAUUGCUCUAGCCUAUGAGACGAAGGAGUCUGAUAUAAUGGACCGCCCUCCAAGAGACACUAGGAGGGAUCGGCUCGUCAAUUGGAAACUGCUCAGCCACGCAUACUUCCAGAUCGGAGUAAUACAGACAUUUGCCGGGAUGUUUGCGUAUCUUGUUGUCAUGAAUGACUAUGGAUACCCCCCAAAUGUACUUCUCUGGACAGGUACGGAGUGGACGCACUACACUCUGAUGUGCACAGCCGAUGAAAAUAACAGACCUCAGAAAUGUGGCUUUGGUUGCGGCGAUCCGGACUAUCACAGGGGUGUGCAUACCCCAGAGAAAUACUGUAAAGGGGGUUGUAGGGUCCCUUUAAAUGGGCAGCCUCUUGACCCCUUCAGUGAGUUCGACUAUAGCGGCUUUAAAGGUGUGGACUUCUGCAAUCUGACCUGUGCAAGCUAUUCUUCAGAGACAGCACCGGCCUUCUGCAGCAACAUGUCGUCACCCGAGGUGCAAAAGUCAGGAUUUCCCGGACGAAAACGCGCAGGCAAACUUGAUGCUCCUGUAGGUGCUUUCUACUGGUGGGGAGGGCGGCAGAUGACCAUGCCCAACGUGGCUUAUCAGAAAAGUGUGCUGUUUCACGCACAGACAGCAUACUUUGGAGCGAUUGUGGUGACACAGUUUGCUAACUUGCUCGUUACCAAGACUCGAAAACUGUCACAGUAUGACAGGGGACUCAAUGGCUACAAUCGCUUUGGCUUGGCGUUUGAGACGCUUCUCUCCCUUUCUAUGGCGUAUAUAGUCCCCUUCCAACAAGUACUGGGCACCAGGCCUCUUUCUGCAAUCCAUUGGGCAGUCGGGUUUCCUUUUUCAUUCAUCAUCUUUGUCUACGGGGAGCUGAGAAAGUCAAACGCACGCCACAAUCCAGGGGUUUCGAUGGGCUUUUGGAAAAGAGUGGGACAAAGUCCCGCUUGCUCAUAUGCGGUGUGUGAGUUCAGCAUGAAUAUGUCUAGGAAUCUAUGCCAGGUUCUUGGCCAGAAGAUUUCUCCAGGAAGUCUCAACAAGGGACACUUCACAGGAGGAGGGAAAUUCCCACAAUGUCAUUUGUUAUUUCAGCUGAAGGGAGAGGAGGAGGAGAAGGAACAAAAUGAGGAGGAAGAGGAGGAGCAGUUGGGAAGAGGACGAAGGCACCCAGUGAGGAACGAGGAGUGAGGAGUGAGGAGUGAGAAGGUAACAGGUGUAGGUGAUUUCGCAAAGCCAUAGGCAGUACCACACAGAAAGUUUCCCAAAUGUCCCAAAGGGGGUUCCAUGUUGUCUAGGUGAUUUCACAAAGCCGUAGUUAGCAAUACUGUACAGAAAGUUUUUGAAUGAUGAUCUGUCCCAAAAGGGGUUCCACAAAGGGAAUCUCGAAGGAAAUUCCGCGAGGAAACCCAAGGAAGGGACUUGUGCACGUGAAUCUUCAAGAUAAAGCAGCACGAAGUAA